GGGGCGGCGCCUCCGCCAUGAUGGCGCGGGCGGGGGGCGGCCUCAGGAUGGGUUGGGCCGGGCUGCGGGUGUGCCGUGCCAUGCGGGGCGGAUUUGGCUGCCGGCUAGUUUAGCGAUCCCGAGGGUGGCAUCGGGAGGCUUUCUCUGGGGCCGAUUCCUUUAGCUAAACUUCGAUAUUGGUACUUAAUGUACUCAUCCCUACUGCUAAACUAACCAACCUGCAUCACCAGCACAGCAGGUCUGCUGGGCCGGACGGGCUGCAGCGAGAGGAGCAGCGGUUCCCAGGCGUGUUGCAGCCCGGGUUGUAUAUCGAGGGGCACAGGAAGGGGUUGGAGCUGGGACGGUGAGGAAGUGAGCAGAGGAGCUCAGCGUGCUCUGCUGCCCGCUUGGCUCUCUGGAACGCAGCGCAGCUGGGACUGCAUUUUUUCCUUUGGACCACGGGAGACACGAGAUGACCUCACAUUUCUUCCUCUGGACCACGGGAGGCACGAGAUGAUCUCGCAUUUCUUCCUCCGCACCACGGGAGACACGAGAUGACAUCACAUUUCUUCCUAUGGGCCACGGGAGACACGAGAUGACCUCACUUUUCUUCCUCUGAGCCACGGCAGACACGAGAUGACCUUACUCCGCUGCUCUGCACGCAUGGGUCGAUGGAAGCUUUCAACUCCCCGAUGCUUCCUGCGGGCGCUGAGCACGUUCAGUAUCUGCACCAACUGCGGCACUGGGCUCUGUAGUGUCCGAUGUAAAGCUGUCAGCCCGUUGACUGAAUCGAUCAUGCGUUGAGAACGUGGCCAAGCAGCAGGUCUCUCCGAGCGGCACCGUUGCCGCUGUGUCACCUCCCGGGCUGCUGCUCCCGGCUCAUCCCGGGACGGCGCUCAGCCCUGUGGGCAGAGAUGGAGCCAUCGGUGCCGCUUCCAGGAGAACGGUCGCCUCUUCCCAGCAGAGCAGGCUCCAGUUCAACUUGGUCCUUCCAGGCGUGAUCAUCCCAGGCUGCAGGAGAGCAGCAAAUGGCCACAGCACAUCGGUGUCAGGAGCCCGUGAGCUUUGCGGAGGUGGCCGUGUAUUUCAGCAGGGAGGAGUGGGCGCUGCUGGACCCUGCGCAGCGAGCGCUCUACCGGGACGUGAUGCUGGAGACGUACCAGUGCGUGGCCUGGCUGGCUCCACUUCCAGUCCCCAAACCCACGCUGAUCUCCCUGCUGGAAGGAGGGGAAGACCCCUGGAUCCCAGGUGUGUGUAGCCCUGAGGCCGUGCCAGGAGACCUGCACCCAGGAGGUGAUGGGAUCACAGAUAUAAAGGAGGAUCUGCAGGAAAGUGGUGUGGCUGAAAAGCAGUGGGGUAGCGCCUGUGUGGAAGAAAUUGGAAGAGAUGUCCAUGUGGGCUUUGAGCAGGCAGAGCGCUUCGAGAAGCCACUGGGAGGGCAUGUGGGAAAGAGAGCAAGGAACCCUGUGGACUUCAGCGUGGGUCAAAAGCAGCCUGAAGACCACGGGAGCAAGAAUGCGUGCCAGAAGAAAAAGCAGAAUCCAUGCACUGAGUGUGGGAAAAGCUUUAAAAGGUAUUCCAACCUUGUUAAUCACCAGCGCAUACACUCUGGGAAGUGCCGGUUGAAGUGCUCUGAUUGUGGAAAGAGCUACAAAUGGAAAUCUGAACUCAUCAAGCACCAGCGCAUCCACACAGGAGAGAGACCCUAUAAGUGUCCUGAGUGUGAGAAAAGCUUCAUGAGCAGAACUGGAUUGAAGUACCACCAGCGCAUCCACACAGAAGAGAGAUCCUUUAAUUGCUCUGAGUGUGGAAAGAGCUUCCAGAGCAGUUCCAACCUCUUUCGCCACCAGCGAAUGCAUACAGAAGAGAGACCCUAUAAUUGUACUGAGUGUGAGAAGAGCUUCAAAAUACGUUCCCACCUCAUCCGCCACCAACGUAUCCACACGGGAGAGAGACCCUACAAGUGCUCUGAGUGUGGGAAAAGCUUCAAAAGCAGUUCUGACCUCAUUGUCCACCAGCGCAUCCACACAGGAGAGAGACCCUACAAGUGUGCUGAGUGUGGGAAAAGCUACAAAAGCAAUGGUGAUCUGAAGUAUCAUGAGCGCAGCCACACAGGAGAGAGACCUUAUAAGUGUCCUCAGUGCGGCAAGUGCUUCAAAAACAGUUCCCACCUCAACCGCCACCAGCAUACCCACACGGGAGAGUGUAAUGCUUUUAUGAUUUUUCUGAUUGGUAUUCCACAAUAUAACAUCGUUCAGUGUACUGGAAGCUAAGUGCUAACCCUGCAGUUGUGUGGAUUGUCCAUAGAUCCGGGUACCUGGUCUCUGAAGGCAAGAAUGAACUACAAGUCCCAGAAGCCUUCCUUAUUCCAUGUUCAUUUUCUGCUUGGUGGGAAAGAUAAAACUGACUGUGAGUCACAAGACUGCUUCUUUGCUUCCUGUGCUGCUGUCCGCUUCGCCUACAGCAUUAGAGUAGGGACUUUGGUUUUGGAAAAUCUCUCUCUCAUUUUAUUUAUUAGCUUCAAUUCCAGUUAGACUGUAUUACCUCGCAUCCCGCUAUCUUAUAUAUUAAAUUGGUUUCUUUCCCUUA